AUGUCUCGUGCCAGAGAAGUCUCGCAGAAGCUCACCUACUAUGGGGGCAUUACGCUGCCGAACAUCCCACGCAUCGCUCCAGAUGAGAAGAGCCGGCAGAAGUACCUCAGCGAGUACGAAAAGUAUGAACCUGAGCUGCGCCGCCAUCACUUAGGAGAUGCAGAGACAACCAACACUAUCGGACUCAAGGACGUUCCACCAGACUUUGAUCGAACGAUGCCGUCUCUCUUAGACCCCACCGCAGCAGAAGUGGAGUACGAGCGGGCCCGUGAGGGUAGAAAAGCCCGGGCGCUGCGCAAAGGGCACCGCGGCGCCAGCGCCCGGGUAGCCCAAGCCGCCGGGAUGGUGAAUCCGACACCGCCUGCGCGAAAGUCUGUCUCGCCGCAGCCGUCGCAGAUUGCGCUGACAGAUGAGGAGCCCGCGCAAAAGGGCACCCCGUCCCCCUCGUCCCCUUCUAGUGCAGCUGGCACGCCCACGACCGCCGCUACAGCGGCUCCGGCAGCGAGUGAAGAAGCUGCGCGACUCACCCCUGUCGAAGCCGACGGAACGCGCACCUGGGAUGCAGUGGUGGUCGAGGCCGCACCUGCACACGUGCCUCAGCCGCCCUCAGAACGCUCGCAUCCGAUGACCGCGACGGCCACGACACCUAUGAGUCAGCCUCGGGCACGCACCGCCCCUUCCUUGAAGCCGCAGCAGGAUGGCACACGCCUCGGAAAGAGAACCGGCACGUCACCUGCCGCUUCUGCCCGAGCGGCGAAGCCAAAGUCGCGUCCGCGAGCUCAGCCCGAGCGAGCGACGACGCCUGCCACGGCCCCCACCACUCCACGCAGACUCCGCACUCCGUUCGCCGCGCAUGAGCCACCUACCGCGGAAUCUACGGCGCGUGUGCUGCGUGUGCUGCUCGACCCGCCACAGCAGUACGCCAGCUCCCUCCAUCUCGACCUGUCUUCCUUUGACCUCGGGUGGCUGCGGAACGGGCAGGCGGCGCCACGUCACCUCACCACCAUCGCAAACCACUUCAACGACAACGGGGCAUCGCCACAGCUCCGCAUCAACUCACCACGCUCCGUGAUCGCUUUCCUGGAGAACGGCGCCUCGCCCAAGGACUGGGACCCGAGAAGCAGUGCCACUUCCGCCUCCGCUGCCGCGCUGGGAGGCGCGACGCAGGACAUGGCUGCAGUGCAGGCAGAGGUGCAUGAGCACCGCCGCGCGUACGUGCAGGCCCAACGCGAUGCUGUGCGCCGCACCCUGCAGGAUAGCUACUCGGUGCUCUGCGCCCGUGUCCCUUUCAAUGAGCUCGUCGGUUGGUACCGUCGUCUGUGCGAGGCAGACAUGCUGGCAGAUGCGGCGCUUGCGCAGCAGCAUUCCUUGGCAACGGCGGUGCAGCAGCUGCAGGAACGGCAGCGGCAGGUGUUCGAGACCAACAAGAUUCGCAUGAUGCGCCAGAUGCAGCAGGCCAAAGAACUGCAGGAGCGUCAGGAAGCCUCGGUGCAGCGGAAACUGCAGGUGGAAGCGGAGGCAGGGGAGCUGCGACGCCAAAAGGCGCUUGAGGAGCAGGAGCGUCGCCGACUGCAGCAGGCCCGCUUAGAGGAGCACCGAGCCGAGCGGCAGCGCCGGGAAGAGGCGUACAAGCAGCUGCUGCAGGCUCGCCUCAACAGGGCAGAGACCUGCAACGCGGAACGUAUGGCUGCGCGCGAGAGGCAGCUGCAGGCAAUGCAGCAGCGGCGCGAGGCGCAAGAGGCUGAGCGGCUUCGCCGGUUGGAGCGCAGCACGGCGGCGCUCGAAGAGAAGUUUGCCGCAGAAGAGCAGAAACGGCGGGAGAAGGCAGCGAAGCUAGAGCAGCUGCGCGCGGCACGCGAGGCACGACUCGCAGAAGAGCGUCGCGCGCUUGCGGAGAAGCAGCAGCGAGCCGCAUACCUGCGAGAAGAAGCGAAACGGCGCUCGGAGGAGGCAGAAGAAGCGGUGCGGCGGGAGGCCCUGCAGCGUCAGCAGCACGCCGAGGAGCGCCUGCGGGAGUUUCAGUCCCGUCGGCACGAAGAGGCCGCGCAGCGGGCGGUCGCAGUGGCGGCGCGCCACGAGCGCUGUAACGAAAUCCGCUCCCAGGCGCUGGCGAAGGAGGAGCUGCUCAAGGCGACCGUCGAGGAUAAGCACCGUCAAAGCGAGGAGCACCACCGCGAAAGGCAGUCGCGCCAGCUGACCGAAUUUAUGUGGCGCCGCGAGGCAAACUGGGAGGAGGAGGAGGCCAAGACGUAUGCCGUGCUGCAGCUGCAGCGCAUCGCCGAGUUCAACAAGCUGCACACCGUCGUUGACCUCUUGGAAAAGCGAAAGGCCGCUAACGCGGUCGUGCGACAGCGUGAACUCAUUUGCGAAAAGGUGAUGCGCGCUCGUGACGAGUUGCGGGAGGGGCGUGCCGUCUUGAAGCAAGAGGUAGAAAGAUCGUCUCAGGAGACGUGGCGGUGA